UCAUCAGCCAACUCGAAAAAUACAUAUCAACCAUACAAUUCAUUCAUAGACUGAAAUCAAACUUGUCUUAAGUGAACUGCCACCCAACAACCUAGAAAACUAGAUCAACUUCUUUGAAUAAGCGACACUUCUCAUUCGUCUAAUAAUUAGGUAGAAAACGCUCAACAAACCACCUCCUUUAUUGUGAUGGGGUUGUCAUGGAUGAUUUCUUGGAAUUCUAAGUACCAAACUUCUCUCUCAAUUCCAAGUAAAAUGAGCCUUUUGGCAAUGUCGAUCUUCUACUGUAAAUCGACGUUGCAACUCAUAUCGCACUUCACAUACACACACGCCGCUUGUAUAAAAUGUCUCUGUAGUUAUAACAAUACAAAACGCAACAUCCAUCUGCGUCCAGUGGCUUUUUCAGCUAGUGAAGUCAAUUUUCUUUCAGCCAACUACUUCUAAUAUCUUCUUCUCAUUUCCCUCCAACCACCUGGGCUAAUCAUGUCAUUAUAAUACUUCUUGUGCAUCACCUGCCAAACUGUCAUGUUUCCCAUGAAUUCCCAAAACUUUUCAUGCUUUUCCUUCCUUCAUCUCCUGUUCACCGUAAACCUCCUGCUUCUGCUUCAAUUCCCUGUUGGAUCCAGCAACCCUGAACAAUUCUACAAGACAUGUGGUGACACAUUCAGCUGCGGCAAUGCAAUCACCGGAAUCAGGUACCCGUUCCGGGGAUCUAACAGUCCUCCGUACUGUGGCCAUCCAAGUUUCGUCCUCACCUGUGAUGAUCAGAACAAUGUAACGACAAUUGAUAUCAUGAACAUGACGUAUCGGGUGCUGAAUAUCAGUCAAACUACCCAAACAAUGAGGAUUGUCAGGGAGGAUAUCAUGGAGGGGACUUGUCCACAAGAAAUGGUGAACACUACUCUGGACUACUCUAUCUUCGACUAUGCUUCUAUGUACACGAAUUUCACGUUUUUGUAUGGCUGCCCUGAGUCGAAACUUCCUGGCUUAAGCCCUAUUUCUUGUGGGAACAACGGUGUUUACAUGUUCCCUGGAAUUCAAAGCCCUGGAAGCUGUAAUGCUAGUGUCAUGGUUCCAGUACUUGUAACAGGAGGUGGAGCUGGAGGAUCUGUGAAUGCUACAGGGUUGGAUCAAGUCCUCCAGCGGGGCUUUGAGAUUAGGUGGAAGAUUGGUGGCAAAGCUUGCAGUGAUUGUGUCAAGUCAAGGGGUCAUUGCGGGUAUAAUUUUGAUGGCAAUCAAACAACAUGCUUUUGCCCUGAUCCACCGUACGUUUCUGAUACUUGCCCAAUGGAUAGUGAAGCCUCACCGGGCAAUGCACAAUCUCCAGAAAACAACUCAAAUUUGGGAAGGAAUAUUGGCCUUCCGAUAGGUGGGGCAGUUCUUGCUGGUGUUGGCUUAGGAUGGUUAAUUUUCUAUUGUCGGCAGCGGAGGAAACAACGUCUUGCUGCUCAAUCAGCCCAAGCUGCAAGCAAGGAAAUUUCAACCGAGGCUUCAAGCAAACCACUCUCAACACCUCCUUCAACUCAAUUUGCCAAAAGCAUCCCUUCAUAUCCGUCUUCAAACUCUGAUCUUGGUAGGGACAGCACAUAUUAUGGGGUGCAGGUGUUUAGCUACGCAGAACUUGAAGAAGCUACUGAUAAUUUUAGUACUUCUCGAGAACUAGGUGAUGGUGGAUUUGGCGCAGUAUAUUAUGGGGUGCUGCCUGAUGGCCGUGUUGUUGCUGUUAAACGCUUAUACGAGAACAACUUCAAGCGUGUGGAGCAGUUUAUGAAUGAAGUUGGGAUCCUGACUCGAUUAAGACACCAGAACCUUGUGACCCUCUAUGGAUGCACAUCCAAGCGUAGCCGAGAAUUAUUGCUUGUUUAUGAAUAUGUACCAAAUGGAACGGUAGCUGAUCACCUCCAUGGAAAACGUGCAAACUCUGGCUUGCUGUCUUGGGCUGUUCGGCUGAACAUUGCCAUUGAAACAGCCGAAGCACUGGCUUAUCUCCAUAAAUCUGACAUCAUUCAUCGAGAUGUCAAAACCAAUAAUAUUCUUCUAGACAAUGAUUUUCAUGUCAAAGUUGCUGAUUUUGGACUGUCGAGAUUAUUCCCUAACGACGUCACUCAUGUCUCAACAGCUCCACAAGGGACUCCUGGCUAUGUUGAUCCCGAGUACUACCAAUGCUACCAGCUCACAGAAAAGAGCGAUGUAUACAGCUUUGGAGUAGUUUUAAUCGAGCUUAUAUCAUCACUCCAAGCCGUGGACACCAACAGGCACCGCCAUGACAUCAACCUAGCUAAUAUGGCUAUUAACAAGAUCCAAAAUCAUACACUGCACGAGUUAGUCGACUCAAGUCUUGGCUUCGAGACAAACAGUAUCGUGAGAAGAAUGGCUACAUUAGUUGCGGAAUUAGCUUUCCGAUGUUUACAGCAGGAGAGAGAUAUGAGACCCUCGAUGGAAGAAGUGCUGGAGGCUUUGAGAGGGAUUCAAAACGAAGAUCUGAACGCCCACAAGGUAGAAAUCGUCGACAUAUUGGUGGAUGAAGACACCGAACCACUGAAGGGUGGGGUUACCCCGCCAUCUCCAGAUUCAGUCUCCACCGAGAAAUGGGCAAGUGGCUCAGCACCAAAUUCCAGUGGGUGAGCUAUCCUUUCAUCUUCUCAGUGCUCUGUAUUCAUAUGUACGUAGAUGAUACAACACUUGUUGAAGAUUUUACCAUAUUUCAACUAUUUGCAUGUUUUAGCUCAUCAUGUGCAUAAAAUUACAUAGUUUUUGACAGCAAGCUUCAAGGGAAUGUACAUAGUUACAUGGAGCUAUGUUCUUAUUUAUUUUAUACAUAUAAGUUUUGCUGAUUAAGAUGAAUGUUUCCAGCAUCAUGUAAUGGAUGAGAAGUAUUCUUAUGUCAUGUGAUAGUGGGAGUAAGUGUGAAACGGACAAGUUACUUGACACAACAGACAUUCACUGCAAGACUGAAGAUUGUGGAGCAAAAUUUUGUCCCUCAGACAUCAGAAUGUUUAUACUUGUUUUGUGUCUUCUAGACUAGAGUUGGAAAGAUAGAACACACCUUGAUUACUUCAUGCACUUGUAAUAACUCGAAUCUGACUUCUGCAUCCAUAAUUUAUACGUUAAUUUCUAUUUUUA